AUGAGAGGAAAGAUGCUAGAAAGAAUACACGAGAGUCACAUGGGCAUAGAGAAAUCCAAACGACGAGCAAGGGACAUUAUGUUUUGGCCAAGAAUGAAUGAGCAAAUUGAAGCCGUUGUAUCCAAAUGCCAAACCUGCCAAGAAUACCAGAUGUCAAAUCCCAAAGAACCCAUGGUGCAAGGAACAAUACCAUCGAGACCCUGGGAAAUGGUCGCAACUGAUUUGUUUCAGUGGGAACAGAACAACUAUCUGGUCGUGGCAGAUUAUUAUUCGCGUUAUAUUGAA